CAGAUAUCUGGGGCUCGACUGCGAUUCUCCCAGCCAGGAAAGGGAUUCGAGAAGCAAGUCGCCAAUGGAACUGGAGAUGAAACUUACCAGCUGGUCGAGGGCCUCCUUAUGCUCCUUCUCGGCAACCUUGAGCUUCUUCUGGUACUCGGCCUCGUCAGGCAUGGUGGGACGAGCCUUGGUCUCGGUCUUGGUCUCUGCCGCCGCAGGAGCAGCAGCAGGUGCCUGCUUGGUGUCGGCCAUUGUGACGGUAGGAAGAAGCUUGUUAAUUGAUGCAAAGGGUGAUCAAUUAGACAAAGCUGGCGAUUGCGCACACUGCCGUAGUGGGAGUGGACAGCAAAGUCGGGUUGGUGAUGUGGAGGAUGGAGGAUGGAGAAGUGGAAUCGGAAUUAACCACGCAAAAGGGUGAACUUUUCGUCAAAAGGAUCCCCCAAUUUUUGUUGAAAUUCACUCUUUUGGGUUCCGUGGCAGGUACCUUCUGGAGAAGGUAAGGCCACCUGCCAUCCUGGACUCGAUUGUGGGGUUCGACU